AUGAAUUCCAGUGAAUCGAUGUACCAGGCUGUCAACAAUACCGUAGAUGAGUACAAACUUUCGAGUUAUACAAUAAUUAUCACCACCGUCUUUUACGUUAUAAUUUUCACACUCGGCGUGAUUGGUAACGUGUUAAUUCUAUUCGUUGUAUGCUGCAACAAAGACAUGGGCAACUCUACCAACUAUUUCUUGGUGAAUCUCAGCGUGGCCGAUUUACUUGUGUUGGUUUUCUGUAUGCCGGUAGCCUUGCUGGAGACGUAUAUCAUACGACCCUGGCUGCUAGGUGAAGUAAUGUGUAAACUGGUACCUUUCCUGGAAUACUCUGCUUCUCAGGCGUCCAUACUGACCCUGGUAGCUGUGGCUAUUGAACGGUUCGUUGCCAUAUGCUAUCCACUGAAGGCACAAUACACCAUUACACCAAAGAAGACAGUACGGAUAUGUGUGCUAAUAUGGCUGAUUGCGUGUGGAGCUAGUAUCCCGUAUAUACUCAUGGCGCAACACAUCUUAUAUGACGUCACGGAAAAUGGCGACGAGUUGUUUAAUUGUGGAACUUACAACGUUUCCCCACUUGCAGAAAUAUACGUCAUUUCCUGCGCUGUGAUAUUCUUCUGGCUUCCAUUGUUCGUACUGAUUGGUCUAUAUUUGAGAGUUGCAUUUGAGUUAAAUAAGAAGAUGCCGUCUUAUAGCAGUAUUGGAGUACGAUUUGCCAAGGUGUCGUCAAAAACAAACGAGGAAUAUACCAUGCAUUCAUACGCUUUGAUUCGGGAUAAUGGUACACCAGAAAAAAAAGUCCGCAACACUAACAGACAAUGUGCAAUGAAUUCAUUUUAUACACAGAUGCAAAUUCGAAAACGCGUUGUGCAUAUGCUAAUUAUUGUUGUGGUAUUUUUCUUCGUCUGCCUACUACCUCAGCGUGUCGUCAGCUUAUGGUUCAAAUAUGGUUCCACUGAGCAGCACAUGUCACUUGGCGUUGACGGUGUAUACACACUUGUCAUUAUUUGCCGCAUUCUAACUUAUGUGAACUCAUCUUUAAACCCCAUGGUUUACAAUAUCAUGUCAACUAAGUUCAGAAAACAAUUUGUAAAAGUUAUUAAAUUCAAGCGAUUUACAGGCAGACGAGAGACGUCAUUAUCGACGCAAGAUUUUAAAGAUUUCAAGCUAUGUGAAUUACAAAUUGUGGUUACUUGGUUAGAUAUAACGACAACACAAUAUCAGCAUUAUCCAAGUAAACUGGUACCUUUCCUGGAAUACUCUGCUUCUCAGGCAUCCAUACUGACUCUGGUAGCUGUGGCUAUUGAACGGUUCGUUGCCAUAUGCUAUCCACUGAAGGCACAAUACACCAUUACACCAAAGAAGACAGUACGGAUAUGUGGGCUAAUAUGGCUGAUUGCGUGUGGAGCUAGUAUUCCGUAUCUAUUCAUGGCGCAGCAUACCACUUAUGACAUCACUGAAAAUGGUGACGAGCUGUAUGAAUGUGGAACGUACAACGAUUCUCUCCCUGCUGAGAUAUACGUCGUUUCCUGCGCUGUGAUAUUCUUCUUGUUGCCAUUGUUUGUACUGGUCGGUCUAUAUUUAAGAGUGUCACUUGCGCUGAAUAAGAAGAUGCCUGCCCAGUGCAACAACAGAGUAGUGUUCAACAAGAAAACACAGGAGGCGGCGGACGAGGAAUACUCCAUGGAAAUUUACGGAGGUACAUCACACGACGGCGACAGUGGCAAUCCACCAGAAUAUACCCCCCUCAGAGUUACAUCAAGACAACGCGCACCUGAUCCAUUCCGCGCUCAAAUGAAAAUGCGUAAGCGCGUCGUCUACAUGCUGAUAGUUGUUGUAGCCUUAUUCUUCAUCUGUCUACUUCCACAACGCGUCGUCAGCUUGUGGUUCAAAUACGGUUCCGCGGAACAACAGAUGUCACUCGGUGUUGAGGGCGUGUACACUCUUGUUAUUAUCUGCCGUAUUUUCACCUACAUGAACUCAUCCAUAAACCCAAUAAUAUAUAACAUCAUGUCCACCAAGUUUCGAACGGCAUUCUUACGGGCUCUUGGCAUCAAAAAGAUUCGCAAAAGACAAGACACGACCUCAUCUCACAAUUCUUCUUUUGCAACAACAAGGUUAAACUCCGUGCAAGCAAGUAGCAUGGUCUAG